AUGGGGAAUAAGGGGAAGACAAUUGGUGUGGCAGUGGAUUUUUCAACGAGCAGCAAAGAAGCAUUGAAAUGGACAGUUGAAAAUUUGGCUGAAAAAGGUGACACAGUUUACUUAAUUCACAUCAAAACUCACACUCUCAGUGAGUCCCGCGACCAGCUCUGGUCAAAAACUGGUUCGCCUCUGAUUCCAUGGGUGGAGUUUAGAGAUCCAGAAGUGAUGAAGUAUUAUGAUAUCAAAAAAACUGAUGUCCAAGUUGUUGAUUUACUUGAUGCAGCUACCAAGCAGAAAGAGAUAAACAUUGUGGCAAAAGUGUAUUGGGGAGAUGCAAGAGAGAAAGUAUGUGACUCUAUUGAAGAUCUCAGGUUGAAUUCUUUGGUCAUGGGUAGCAGAGGCCUAAGUACUAUCCAAAGGAUAAUGUUGGGAAGUGUAACAAAUUAUGUAUUGAACAAUGCAGCUUGUCCUGUGACUAUAGUUAAGGAUCCUGAUUUCCACAAGCAUUGA